GUUAUUACAAAAUAUUCCGAUAUAUGAAUCUAAUAAAUAUGGAUAUUUCCGAGAAUAACAUUCACAGUCCAAACAAGCCGAUUAAAGCGCCCGAUAAUGCCAGUUCAAGAACGCUCGAUACCAGCAGCCCAAACGAAUGCGAAAUAUGUGGCAAAGUAUUCGCACGAAUAUACGAAAUGAGAAUUCAUCUACGCUUGCACACCGGCGAGAGGCCUUUCAAAUGCGACGUGUGUGGGAAAGCAUUCUGCAGUCUCAGUGCCCGGAACCUGCACAAGUCGUCGCAUGCAAGCUGCUUCCAGUGUGAAAUUUGUACAAAAAUAUACAGAUCAAAGCAGAAACUGUCUGACCACCAGCGGUGGCACACAGGACAAGAUUGGUACAGGUGUGACAUUUGUGAUAAAACGUAUGUAGUCAAAUCACGACUUAAGACGCAUAUGAUAGCACAUAUAACUGAGAGACGGCACGAGUGCGAUAUCUGUGGCAAAAGAUUUUUUAGUAAUCCUAAUCUGAAGCAACACAUUCGCACUCAUACUGGCGAAAAACCUUUUAAAUGUGAUAUUUGUGGAAAGGUAUUCACACAGAUAUCAAGCUUGCAAUCCCAUAAAUUACUGCAUACGACUGUUCAUCCCGACGCGUGUUGUUGCACCUCUGGCGAAGAAUUCGUUCAUUCCGAUACCGACGAAAGGUCCAACAAAUGUAACGUGUGCGGAAAAGACCGUAAACCGUCCUUCCAAUGUGAAGUUUGUAAGAAGCGAUACAGUUCAAAGGGGUACCUUACUAGACAUCAGCGAAUGCACACGGGACAAGACUUGUUCGAGUGUAAAAUCUGUAGUAAAAAGUUUAUUCACCUAUCGAUCCUGCAAAAUCACAUGAAAACGCACUCCAGCGAACGGCCGCUAAAGUGCACCAUUUGUGACAAAGGAUUUUACAGAAAUUACCAUUUGCUGAUGCACCUUCGCACUCAUACCGGUGAAAAACUUUACAGGUGUGAUGUUUGCGGAAAUUCUUUUGCACACAAGUCAACGCUGAAAGUGCACAUGGCGAUACACAAAAAUGAAAAACCAUAUGUGUGUCGUAUCUGUGAUAAAGCAUUCCGCACGAAUGCUUCUAUGUUGCUACAUGUCCGGGCUCACACCGGAGAAAAACCUUUCAAAUGUGAACGGUGCGGACGAGCAUUCGCGGAUUCUAGUUCUCGAAACCGGCACCAGCUUGUGCAUGUCAAAGAAGAUCGAUCGGAGGCGUCCUAUGCUGCACUAUGGGGUCUUAUCGAUCUUAUACAUUUACAACCCAGUGACGUGGGCGGCAGCUGA